AUGGCUUCUUCUCUCUCUUCGUUUCCAUCUUUGAAUCAUUCACCUCUCCAUCCUAGAUUCUUACAAGCCCUUAAUGCUCCGUGCUCUGUUUUGAGAUUAAAACACGCAUCUUUCCCGAAUCCGAGAAUUCGAAUUUCACCUCUUAAAUCCCAACGAGCGCGAACCAAAACCGUCGUUUUGUCUGCUCAGUCCGGUUUCCUGAAAGUUCUUAGAACCGCUUGGAAUAUUGGAAAAGAUGGAAUUGAAGCUGGAACCAACCUUGUACCUGUUUCUGUGCCUAGACCAGUUGCUAGAAUCUCAGUGACAACUGCAGCAUUGGCGGUUUCGUUGUUUGUUAUCAAGUCAUUUCUAUCAACAGCUUUCUUUGUAUUGGGUACGAUGGGGUUCGCAUAUUUCUUAUUCAUAGCCUUAAACAAAGAUGAAGCUCCUAAGCAGAGAGGACAAGAUAAUAGUUCUGGUUCCAAGCCAAUGGAUGAUCCACUUGAAGAAGCAAAGAAAAUCAUGGACAAGUACAAGUAA